CAACAAUGGCAAUGAAACUCCCCCUUCUUCUUGUAUCCAGUUUUGCUCUCUUUGUGUUAAACGUCAGCUCCUACAAAGCUGUCUUUAACUUUGGUGAUUCAAAUUCCGACACUGGUGGCUUGGUUGCCGGAGUUGCUUUUCCAGUCGGACCACCUAAUGGACAGACAUUCUUCCUUAAGUCCUCUGGCCGUUUCUGCGAUGGCCGGUUGAUCAUCGAUUUUCUAAUGGAUGCAAUGGACCUACCAUUUCUUAAUCCCUAUUUGGACUCUGUUGGUGCACCAAGCUUCCGAACCGGGUGUAAUUUUGCGACCGGAGGAUCGACUAUACUUCCAGCCAAUGCAGCCUCAGUAAGCCCGUUUUCGUUCGGAGUUCAGGUUGCUCAGUUCAUCAGAUUCAAAGCUCGAGUUUUUGAAUUAUUGUCAAAAGAUAAGAAGCUGCAGAAAUAUCUCCCUCUAGAAGAGUACUUCAAAGAGGGCCUUUACAUGUUUGAUGUGGGUCAGAAUGAUCUUGAUGGUGCGUUCUAUUCAAAAUCAGCGGACCAAGUGCUUACUUUGAUCCCUACAAUUCUGGCGGAGUUCCAGACCGGAAUUAAGACAUUGUAUAAUGAGGGUGGCAGGAACUUUUGGAUUCACAACACAGGUCCUCUAGGAUGUUUACCAAGAAUCAUUGCUACAUAUGGCAAGAACACAUCAAAACUGGACCAGCUUGGAUGCGUGACUUCACACAAUCGCGCCGCGAACAUCUUCAAUGCACAGCUUCAUGAUCUUUGCGCUAAUUUCCAGGGACAAUUUCCUGAUGCAAAUGUUACUUAUGUGGACAUCUUCUCGAUAAAACUCAACCUCAUAUCAAAUUCUUCGGAACUCGGAUUCAAGGAGCCUCUAACAGCUUGUUGCGGAUAUGGUGGACCGCCAUUGAACUUCGACAAUCGAAUUGCUUGUGGAGUAACCAAGAAUCUGAAUGGAAGUGUAGUGACUGCAAGUCCUUGUAAUGACACUGCUGAACAUGUAAAUUGGGAUGGAAACCAUUAUACUGAGGCUGCUAACAGAUAUGUUGCAGAACAAAUACUUCCCGGAAAUUAUUCCGAGUCACCUCCCGUACUAAGUACGACGUAUCCUGUCAAAUAAAUCCGGCUUUGCUGACUGCUUCCUUUAUUUCUCAUUCUUACUCAUUUAUCAGUAUUCCUUCGUCCUGCUAUAUGAUUCUUGACCUUCAAACUGGCUUUGUUGAGCUUGCAACUGAAUUCAAACUGGC